AUGAGGUGUAAAAAUCUAAAAAAGACACGUGAUAAAGAAGACCAAAGGUCCAAUACAGUGACUGAGGGACUAGUUCAGAAAGAGGUUGUUGAAGGAAGUGUAGAAAAGAGCAACUUAUCAAGAUGUCAUCCAAUGAAGACAAGAAAAGCAAGAACAAGGACCACAGUCUGUCAGGAUGAGGAGGAGUCAGCAGACAGUCUUGACUCUGAUUUUGUAGACCUUAACUUCAGUUGUGAUGAUAAUGAUGAUGAUGUCGAUUUUGAUGAAUGGGUGGACAAACAAACUGAGUGGGUUGGAGAUGGGGCAAAAGGAAAAGAGCCAGAGUCAACAAAUGCUGGGGUUGAAUCUUGGGAUUGGGGUCCAGAUGUUGAACUGGAUGCAGAGGAGUAUGAUUCUGAUAAUGUACAACCUAAAUAUGACUCUGAUGAUGACACUCUAAUGACGGAUAGAUGGCCAGAAUUCAAUCCGGCAACUGACAUGGCAGAUCCAGAGUUUGAGGUUGGGAUGAAGUUUAGCAAUUGUAAAGUUUUUAGAGCGGCUGUGAGAGAACAAUUUAUAAAGUGGAAUAUGGAUGUUGUAUUUGUGAGAAGUAAGGCUUUAAAGCUAAAGGCAGUUUGUCCAGAUCCAGAUUGCCCAUGGGAGAUAUAUGCUUCCAAAAUGCAGCAUGAGAAUACCCUACAGGUUAAGAAAUAUGAGGGUGAAUACACUUGUGGUAUUGUUUGGGAAAACCCCACUGUGAAGUCUAGUUGGCUGAGUGCCAAAUAUAUGGAAACAUUGAAGAGCAAUCCAAGUUGGCCAAUUAGCUCAUUCAUGGAGAUUGUGGAGAAUGAUUAUAACACUAGAGUUUCUAGGCAACAAGUUUAUAGGGCAAAAGAUAGGGCAUUGAGGCAGAUUGAGGGAAUAUACACAGAGCAAUACUCAAGAAUUUGGGAUUAUUGUGAAGAGUUAAGGAAGACCAAUCCAGGAACAAUAACCAAAGUUCAAUGUAAUUUCAAUGAACAAUUGGGUCAUCCAGUGUUUCAAAGGUUAUAUGUGUGCCUAGGUGCAUGUAAAGCAGGGUUCAUUGCUGGAUACAGACCCAUUAUUAGAUUGGAUGGCUGCUUCUUGAAGGGUGUAUAUGUAGGGCAAUUUUUAGCAGCAGUUCGUAUAUAUGCUAAUAAUGAAACAUGGGUGAUUGUGUAUGCAGUGGUUAAGUCUGAGUGCAAGGAGUCAUGGGUUUGGUUUCUAGAAUUGCUGGUAAAUGAUGUAGAGAUUGUUAACCAGUUUGGAUACACUUUCAUAUCAGACAAGCAAAAAAGAUUAUUACCAGCUUUUGAGCAAGUUGUUCCUAAUAGUGAACAUAGGUUUUGUGCAAGACAUCUGUUCACCAACUUCAAAUUACAAUUCAAAGGGAAAGUUUUGUCUGACAAAUUCUAG